AUGCGCAGAUACAGAUCCGGCAGUGGCCCUGUACGCGCUCAUGGCGGCGUCGCAGUGCCCGACCCCUUUGCCAUGGUGCGCGCAUACGACAGCGACUCCAAUCCCGCCAGGCCUGUCAGACCCUCCCCGCUGGCCGCUUCCACCAUCCAGGGUCUGCCGCUCGACCUGCUUGACCGCCUACGCUCCUUCCCGCUGUUCAAGGCCGCGCCCGAUGAAUUCCUCACACAGGUCGGCUUGCAUCUCAAGCCCCAGCUGUACCAGCCGCAUGAUACCAUCCUCACCGAGGGCGAGACGGGCAAGGCCAUGUACUGGCUGGUCCGCGGCGCCGUGCGCGUGACCUCGCGAGAUCAAGAGAGCACAUAUGCAGAACUCAAGCCAGGUGCCUUCUUUGGCGAGAUUGGCAUUCUAAUGGACAUUCCCCGUACCGCCACCAUCAUAGCCAACAUGCGCUCGCUGGUCGUGCGGCUGAACAAGGAGGACCUCACCAAAGAGCUGCCCAAGUUCCCCGACGUCGAGGUUGCCAUCAGACACGAAGCCCAGGAGCGCCUUGCCAUCCUGCAACGCAAAAAGUCGGAGCUGGGCGCCAAACGCCCCGCCAUACCCAUUCGCCAGAUCACAGGCAAGCGCGACCGCGAAGAUGGCGAUGUGGUCAUGGCAGAGAGCGGCACUCUCCGCGAGGGUGAGAUCAAUGCCUUCAAGAAGAGGAAGUCGCCCAGCCCGGGACUCACCGAAGCCAUCGCCCACAGCGCUUUCGGAAGUGGCAGUCUACAUGUGAGACAUCUGCUCAAAGAACUGCCCCUCUUCUCUGAGCUACCGGAUGACAUCCUCCAUUUUAUCGGCAUGCGUGCCCAGCCAUGCUCGUUCGAUCCUUUUACCGACAUUAUCAAACAGGGCACCCAGGGGCGCGACGUCUUCUUCAUCGUCAAGGGCGAGGUCGAAGUCAUCAACACGAAUGCGCCCGAGCAGAAUGGCCACACUUCACCUACCAUGGGACGCCGGAAAUCCAUAGCUGCUGGCGAGCAUCAUUUCCAGGAGGUCAAGGCCCGAUUGAAGACUGGACAGUACUUUGGCGAAGUUGUCAGUCUUUCGCUUGCCCCACGUCGCACCGCCACUGUACGUUCUGUAUCGGCCGUUGAAUGUCUGAUGAUUAGUGGCGAUACGCUGAACCAACUGUGGGAAAGGUGCACGCCAGAUGUGCGCCGACAGGUAGAGUCUGUCGCAAAAGAGCGUCUACGAGCAGCAAAAGACGACGACGUGCGCAUGGCCGAUGCACACAGCAUACCGCCCAAUAUCGAUGACUUGGCCAUAGCCGACCAUAUAAUGCCCAGGACGCCGCGGCGCAAGAAGAGCGUACCCACAGUUACCUUUAAUGACACACUUGACAUGGAUAAUCCGGUGACACCCACACGGAGGGAUGAGAAGAUGAUGGAGCCAUAUGACCCCGAUCCAUUCCUAAACGUCGACCUCGAUAAUGUCAGAUCGCGCUCGCGACGAGGAUCUCUUGCCCCACCCACGCCCACCUCGAUACAAGAGUCACCCACUAUUCCUGCAAACCUUGAUUUCUCCAAAUCACCUGGCGGCUCCCCGCUUUCGCCUUCACCAUCGGUUUCCAUAUCGAAGCACGCAUCGACUCCACCAGAGGUCCCGUUCGACUUCAAGCGGCCGCGGCUGGUCGGACGACCAAGCAAAUACACAAGAGGCAGACUGCCAGAUCCCAUACUCACAAAGGUGCUGGCUAAUAUGGACAUACAUGAAUUGAUGAAGUUACGCACCAUCUCAUCGCAUUGGAGCAAGAUGAUAUCCGAGUCUCCAGACCUAAUUCACAACCUUGAUCUUACCAAAUACAACCGCAGGGUCACAGACCGAGCACUAGUCGAUAUAAUAUGUCCGUUUGUAGGCACUCGCCCUAGAUAUGUCAAUAUCAGCAACUGUUUCCACGUCACCGACGAGGGCUUUGCUGAACUAGCAAAGACAUGCGGACCCAGCGUGAGGAUAUGGCGCAUGAAGAGCGUAUGGGACAUUACUGGACCAGCUGUGUUGGAAAUGGUUCAAAAGGCCAAGGGACUAGAAGAAGUAGAUCUCAGCAACUGCAGGAAAGUCGGAGAUAACCUUCUAGCCCGAGUGAUUGGAUGGGUGGUACCUGAGAUGAAUCCGCAAAUGGCAAUGGCGCAUGCACAACACCAAGCUCAAAUGAAUGGCCGCCGAGGAAAAGGAGGUGCCAAUGGUCAACCCGUCCCACAGCCUCUACCACCCGGCACGGUGGUGGGUUGUCCGAAGCUCAGAAGAUUGACAUUGAGCUACUGCAAGCAUAUUACCGAUCGAAGCAUGGCUCAUAUCGCCGUUCAUGCAGCAAACCGCAUCGAAAGCAUUGACCUGACGCGGUGUACGACUAUCACGGACGUGGGCUUCCAACAUUGGAGCGUCUACCCCUUCCCGAGGCUGACGAAGCUGUGUCUCGCCGAUUGCACGUACUUGACUGACAAUGCGAUCGUGUACCUUACGAAUGCAGCCAAGGGACUAAAGGAACUCGAUCUGUCUUUUUGCUGUGCCCUUUCUGACACUGCCACGGAAGUUCUUGCCCUCGGUCUUCCCUCUCUCACCCACCUCAACCUUGCCUUUUGCGGUUCCGCCGUCUCCGACACAUCGCUCCGCUGCAUAUCGUUACACCUACUUGAGCUCCGCAAUUUGUCCGUCCGGGGCUGCGUCCGCGUCACUGGCACGGGCGUAGAAGCUGUAGUUGAAGGAUGUAGAGACUUGGAGCGCUUUGACGUUAGUCAGUGCAAGAAUCUGGGCAGAUGGAUCGAAGCCGGAGGCGUAGAGAGUGUACGAAACAGAGGGAGAAACGUCAACUUCGUCACAGUUAGUGACGGACGAUGGCGCGAUGGUAAAGGAAAUCUGCCGCGAUGGUGA